AUGCCUCCUCUAUUUGAUUCUAUCUCUAAGAUCCACCUUCCAAGGGAGGCAUGGAGACUUAAAGUUAGGGUACUAAGAACUUGGAUUGUUCCUUCUUUUGGAAAUUAUGAAGUUGCAAAUUCAAUGGAAAUUGUUCUUGUUGAUGGAGAUUCUAACAAAAUACAAGUAACUGUUAAGAAGCAUCUCAUAAAUAGGUUUAAAGAGAGUAUUAUUGAGGGUCAAACAUACCGGAUGUCAUAUUUUAGUGUUGUUCCAAACCAAGGCAAUUAUAGGGCAGCAGAACAUGAGUUUAAGUUGGUUUUUCUUAACCGUACAACUGUUAUUUCUGUCCCUGACGAUGAUAUCCCAAAGACAUGUUUCAGUUUCUGUCCCUUUGAUGAGCUCUUGAAAAUGACUGAAGAUUACGUUUACUUAGUUGAUGUUAUUGGUUUGCUGACUUCUGUUGGUGAAGAGAAAGAGUAUGUGAAAGAUGUGAAAGUGAUGAAGAUGAUCGUUCUUGAGUUAUCUUCAAAAGAGUUUGUUUUUUUCCUGCUUGAUGUUGAUUGUGUUGACAAUAUGCUUGCUCUGUUUGGGGAGUAUGUGGAUGAAGUGCAUCAUUUCUUAGGUUCUGGCUAUAUAGAGCAGCCGAUUGUUGUGAUCCAACUUGCCAAACCAUUGUUUAUUGCUAAUGAGGGCAAGGGUGUUUCAUUGGAAGAUGAUUUUCUGCGGCAUACUAGAAGAUGCACUAUUGACGAACUUCAUGAUAACAACGAGGUUUAUUGGGAGGGGUCUUUUGUGGUUUUUGGUUGUGUGAGAUCUAUUGUGGAUGAGGGACCUUGGUGGUAUUCAGCUUGUGUUUGUGGGAAGUCAAUUCAGCCUCAAGGUGGUGCAUAUUAUUGUGAUUUUUGUCAGCACUAUGUUACCAAUGUGACUCCUAGAUAUAGGAUCAAAAUAGCUGUUGAGGAUGAUAAUGGACAUGGUGUAUUUGUGUUAUUCGAUCGUGAAGCUGCUUACUUAUUAAAAAAAUCAUGUGCUGAUCUGUUUGGAGAAGUUCAGAAGGAUGCAAAUGUCGUUUGUGGAGAUAGUUAUCCUGUGAUGUUCCAGCAAUUGGUGGGUAAAAAAUUGCUCCUUAAGAUAAAUACCAAGAGUGUUGGUGCAUACAAGUAUUUUGGAACUUUCCGUGUGAGAAGAGUUUGUGAUGAUGCUGCUAUUAUUUCCAUGUUUGAGUUGCCUAACUAUGAUGCCGAUGAUGAGCGUACUCCAUUGAAGGAUGGUAAGUUGGGAAAAAUCCCUUCAAGUGAGGAUGAACAUAUUGUUGACAAGAGGGAGCCCUGUGAGGUGUUGGAUGAGGGUAUCACUGCUGAUGGGAAUUGUUCAAAUAUGAAGACAAACUGCAGGCCUUUGAUUGAUUUUCUUGGUGAAAAGGGUGCUGAAGUUCCUGGAUUGGAUGAUAUAAGUACUGAAAUUGAUAUUGUAAGAGAGGUAGAGAAAAGUGUUGGUGAUAGUGUACUUGUUGAUGGGAAGUGCAGUUUGGAAAUUGAGGGCCUUUUGAAUUCUCCUCCCGUGGAAACUACGGAUGUACUUUCUGCUAUUCUUGAUGGAUCCCCUAUUCAUGUGAUCAAGAAAGAGAAUGUUUCCAAUCCUCCAAGGGGUAGAAAAGCUAAGAGAAAUCUGAAAAAAUCCUUUGAUGAUGUUGCCGAUGAGGAACUUGGCCCAACUUCCAAGGUUCUCAAGAAUUGUGAUGUUUGA